AGGACCCUCCACCAAAGUACCAUGAGGUUUUUCGUCCUCACACUGGCCUUGGCCAUCCUGACAGGGACUUGGGCUUCUGUUCUCAGAGAUGAGCCGGAUUCCAAGCUGGAGAAGCUAACCCAACAGGGGAGAGAAGAUGCCGAAAACGUCAUCCACACAUUGCUUGGGAAAGUCGCCAUCGUUGAAAGAACAGAGGAGGGCCCGGGGAUUUUGAAAUUUCUUGAGUCUGUCUAUAUGAAUAUUAGCAGGCGCUUGCAGAACCUGGACGAAGAGUUACCUGAUGAGGUCGUGGAAGCUUUUGAUGUGUUUGUGGGGGUGCCAGCACAGGUUGUGGAAAAGGCUAUCACUGCCCUGUAUGGCCUGCAGAGACAUGAAGGGGAUAAGUUAAAAGAGCUUGGCAAAGCAUUGCAAUCUGCCCUGGCGGGUUACGCGGAUCCCGUCCUAGAGAGGGUGGGUCCGUACGCAGCAACCGUACGCAGUGCCGUCGUCGCAAGAGCCCAGGAGAUCAACCGUAAGAUAGACGAGAAGCUGCCGCAGGAAGUGCAAACUCUGAGAACCCGGUUGGAUCCGCACAUUAAGAAGCUGCAAGAAUUGCAGGCAGCCCUUCAGCCCUAUCUUGACCACGCCCAGGAGCUGUUCAGAAAAGGAGCGGAGACGAUCCACAAGCACUUACUGAAGCCGUACAUUGACCCCAUUGUGCAGUUCCGCCAAAAGUACAAAAAUGACUUUAGGGAGUGGUCUAGAGCCCCAGUGUUUUCCUCAAAUCCAUGAUUAUUUCUCUCACAUGUCUAUGAGGAAGGAAUCUCACCCAGCA